AUGGCCUCAGCGCUCCUCCUGCUCCUCCUCCUCCUCGUGCUGCUCGCUACUGCCGCUACUGUCCCUCUCCCCGCUGCUCUCGGCCCGAGUCCGCAGCUUCUCGAGCAAUUAGGGGGCAAUGUCUUUGCCAUGCAGCUCGUGAAUGUGUCCGCGGUGUCGCCCGAAGCCGCCCAGACGCGAGUGCUCUGCUGGGUCAACACCUACCACGCCAACCACGACGCGCGCCUGCACGCGAUCAAGCGCACGUGGGGCACGAAAUGCGACAAGUUGCUCUUUAUGAGCGACGUGGAAGACAUGAGCGUGCCGACCGUGAAAAUCGUUGCACCGCCGUCGCACGAUAUGCUGUGGCAGAAGCACCGGGAGAUCGUGCGGCUUUUGGUUCGGGAGUACAAAGAAGAAGACUAUGACUGGAUCUUCAAGUGCGACGACGAUACGUUUGUGCUCAUGGAGAAUCUGAAAGCGUACCUCACGUCGCCACCGAUCCAAGCACUUGCAAAGCGAGAGCCUGUACUAUUGGGACAUCGCAUGACGCUGCAAUGGUGGGAGAUGCAGCGUCUGUUUGAACCUUUCGAGGACUACGAUCCCGAGCACGUGGCAGCCAUGCUAAAAGUACGCGACGAAACGAGGGCCAAAGGCGGGCUGAUUUACACUCCAGGAGGAGGUGGCUAUGCGAUGAAUUGGGCGUACGUGAAGACGCUGGAAGCCAACUUUGACGAACCUUACUGCUUACCGAACGACGUGGUUCCCGAUGACUGGGCGAUUUCGUUCUGCAUGCGACAUUUAGGAGUGAGUUUGCUGGACACGCGAGACAGUGAGAAGAGGGAGCGGUUUCACCAGUAUGACCCGAAGGAAGUGUACACGAAACCACAUGACGAAGAAGCGUUCGACCACAAAACGUUCACGUCGAUUUAUCAAGAGAACAAUUGGUUCUCGGAUCACAAUGGAAUUGGAUGGCAGAAUGGAGAUAAAUGCUGCGCGCCAGAUUCGGUCAGCUUUCAUUACGUAAAGCCACCCAUGAUGGAGCUAUUCUACGAAUAUUAUUACGGCAAAAGUGCUGCAACAAGCACGUAG